GCACUGCGCAGUUUAUGUUGAUGUGAUUUUGCUGUGAGUUUCUGCUAAAACGCUUUUUGCAAACUCGAAACAAAAGUACCGCAACAUGUCAAAAGACCUUUGGUUAGAAAAUUAUGAUGCAGCUUGUAGGCUGGCUCAAGAAAUUGCAGAAAACAUCCAUGAAAGAAACAGACAGCAGAGGACUGGAGGAAACCCAGCCAAGAUCAACAUGACCCUGAGAGCAUCAUUACAGAAGCUAAAACAGAAUAUAGCACAACUCAGAGAGACUCUGAAUCGAGCAGCUGUUCAACGCCAUAUAAUGCAAGCUGAAGCAGACAGAAGACAGAGCCUUGUUGAUGAUCUCGCUUCUAGAGAAACAAGACUGAACGCUUCUUUCAAAGGAGACAUAACAGAAGCUGAGCCAUCAAGGUCAACUCUGAUGGCAGGUGGAAAUGGGUCUGGAUCUGCAGUGAAUCCGUGGCUUAUUAAUGAAUCUGAGGAGACCAAAGGACUAAGCUUUGGAGAAAUCAAAAACCAACAACAGCAGAUUAUCGAAGCCCAGGAUGCUGGCCUGGAUGCUCUGGCGUCAGUCUUAAGUAGACAAAAACAGAUGGGUCAAGAAAUCGGCAAUGAGCUAGAUGAACAAAACGAGAUAAUCGAUGACCUCGCUCAGCUUGUGGACAAGACGGACGGCCGCAUCAAAAACGAGACAAAAAGAGUCAAGCUGUUGGAUAGCAAGUCUGCUUCCUGUGGCAUGAUGGUGGUGAUUGUUCUUCUUCUAAUCGCCAUCAUUGUUGUGGCCUGUUGGCAGUAAUGAAGAAGAUGAAGAUGCCACAGAUAUGAACUAUAGAGACUUUCUGUCUGUAUAUAGUGGUGAGUGAUGGAUUCACGCAGUAUCCGAACAGACUGGACAUGUAAUCACAUCUCUGCACACAGCUCUCUUUUUUCUCGUACAGUAAUGGAACACAUAACUGGGUUAAAGCCAAGAAAUGGACCACUAUGAAGAACUGAAUUCUUAGCUCCACAGAUAACGAUCAAAGUAGGAUUCGGAAUGGAAAGAAAAAUAGAAAAGAGCUUUGAAAGGUUUUGAAUAUUAUUAUGAAUAAAACCAUGAGCCCAAGAUGCUCCAAGGGGGGAAACUAUUUAAAUUCUUUGUUUGGCAGUGAAGAAAAUGAUCCGUAUCCAUCGUGUAAACAGGGACUGAGUCACAAAGCAAUACCGAGUUUUGAGCUCUACUGUUGGGGUAAAUAGAAAAGCUCUCAUCCUCUUUUUUCCUAAUCCAUUCAACUGCAUUAAGAGAGAGAGAAAAAAAAAACUUGUUUGGUAAAAAAUAAUGUUUUUAAAAUAUGUCCGUUAUAAAAUUCUAAUAAAUGUACUGGUAUCAAA